AGAAAGCCAAAUGGAGACCUUCAAAGCCUCUGGAUUAAUUCCCCGGAAGAUGGAAGCCACCUUCAUCCUGCAUUAUGAGGAGCUGCUACGGAGACGGUUGGGGAAGUAUCAAUACACGGUCAGCAUCCGACCCCAGCAGCUGGUGGCCAAGUUACGUGUGGAGGUCAACAUCCUCGAGAAUUCGGGAAUUAACUCUUUGGAAGUUCUGCCCCUCCAAAACAACAAAGGCAAGGGAGAAGGCAGCACCAAAGAUCACCCAACUCCACCUCCUUCAACUGUGGUUGGCCAGACAAAGACGUUGGCUAAAGUAACCUUCAAUCCCAACUUUGUUCAACAAGCCGCGAUCAGCAGGAAUGGCAUUCUAGCAGAUUUUAUCAUCCAAUAUGAUGUCAACAGAGAAUUGAGUGUUGGGGAAGUCCAGUGGAUGAAAAUUGGACCCCUCCGGCCUACCUACCACCUCAUCUAUCUCCACGGUAUUGUCGCAGGUACCAAUAUCAACGAUGCUCUUCAGACCAGCGCAAAAAUCCUCAACGAUUACAUCACCCAGAACGAAGCGGAGUCGCGCAGCACCUCCAUCCUGGUGUUCCUGACCGAUGGGCGGCCCACGAUGGGCGAGACCCAGACGAGCAAGAUCGUCCACAACCUCAAGGAAGCCAUUCGCGGCAGGUUCUGCACCUUCACUAUCGGCAUCGGGAAUGACGUCGACCAACACUUGCUGGAGAGGCUGGCCCUGGAGAACUGUGGGAUGAUGAGGUUGAUCCCGGAGAAUGAGGACGCUGCAACUCUCCUUAAAGGGUUGGUGAGAAAAAUUACCCCCUGGAUCUCGGUUAGCUUGGUGUCAGCCUUCCCCAAGCCCGAUGGCUUCCUCCUUCCUCCUCUCCUUAAUGGCAGCUUCCCCAAACUCUCUCUUAAAUUAACAGAUUAA